AGUAAAUCAGAGAGACACUGUGAGAGGAGUGUAUUAGCGCAUGAAAGACAGGUUCAGAUCAGAAAGAGACAGAUGCAGAAUGAAAAAGACACAAAGUGAUGGGGACUGCUAAAAAGAGACAGAGGUACAAACUGACUGAAACAGAAAUGAGUGUAUAAUGACUAACAGACACAUGACAAGCUGAGCAAAUGAGGAGGAUAUAGGGUUAGAGUAAGUAAUCAGUAGAAAAAAGUGUAAUUGUGAGAUUGAGAGACAGAACACUAGGACACAGUGAGCACAGCACAAUGCUUAGAGCUAGCAUUGACAUGGCAAGUGACUGACAGGUGUCAGAGUGAUGGGGCGAGAGUGACAGGUGCAGAGGUGGAGGAAGGGCUGCCCCCCACAUGACCCUUGUGUGACACCCACCUGGUACUACAGUGACAGUAAUACCGAAGGGGCAGAUCUGAGUUUCUUCCAUGGGUGCAGCAAAAAAUUACAUGCAGAGCACCUUCAGGAUGCAGAGAGGAACUCGCAUGCAGAGCAUUUCUGCAGAGCACUACAUGCAGAACACAGAAGACCUGCAGAGCACAUUGAGGAUGCAGAGUAUGGAGAGAAUGCAAAGCCCUGGACUACAAACUAUCUUAGGGAUGCAUGAGAGAACAGGGCUGCAGAGCAAAGAAGACAUGCAGAGCACAACAGAACUGCAGGAUGACACAGAGAUGAAGACCAGAACAGAUGUGCAAAGGACUGUACAUUUACAUAGGACAGUUGAGAUUCAAAGCACAGAAGUUCUGCAAAGUGGAGCAGAUGUGCGGAACUUGCCUGGAGAGCAACAGAAUACGGAUACUGUAUCCCUCAACUUCUGCCCCCAAGGGGUCCGUAUAUUGCCCCAUGCCAACUGCUCAUACAGCCAGGAUUACUCCCCUGCUGAACCGAUGGAAAAUUACCCAAAAGACAGUGGAGAGUUAACAUACCCUGUACAGCAGGCUUUAUCCAACCCUACCUCCAACCAACUGUGCCAAACCUCUGGAAAAGUGCAGGUGAAUCUCACCAACUACACGCUGUGGGAAAAAUUUUAUAAGCACCAAACAGAGAUGAUCAUCACCAAACAAGGGAGGCGCAUGUUUCCAUUCCUGAGUUUCCGCUUGUCAGGCCUGGAUCCUGUGGCUCAGUAUACCUUACAUAUAGACGUUGUCCUGGCAGAUCAGAACCACUGGAGAUACCAAGGAGGAAAGUGGAUCCAGUGUGGGAAGGCAGAGGGCAACAUGCCAGGUAACAGGAGAUACCAACACCCUGAUUCCCCAAACACGGGGGCUCAUUGGAUGCGCCAGGAGGUAACAUUCAGCAAACUCAAGCUAACCAACAACAAAGGGGCAUCUAAUAACAUGACACAGAUGGUGGUUCUUCAGUCUCUACAUAGAUACCAGCCACGGCUUCAUGUAAAACAAGUACAGGAUUCUGGCAACAGCGAAGAUCAGAAUCAUAUCUUCACCUUUCCUGAAACUCAGUUCAUUGCAGUAACUGCAUAUCAGAAUGCAGAUAUCACCCAGCUGAAAAUCGAUCACAAUCCUUUUGCAAAAGGAUUUCGUGACCACUGUGACACGAUAGUUCUCCCACCCAUAACAGAGCGCCUAACCCCAUCGCCACCUGUUCGCUUUCCACACUUCUUACCGGACUCACUGAACCACAACCGGUUUUAUCCCGUAGAACAAGAGUCAACACCCUGGUAUCUGUCUACACAGAGCAUGACCCAGCACCUGGACUACACACCAUAUGACCAUACAGGCAAGGUGCCAACAACAUAUACAAUGAAGUGUUAUCCACAGCCGCCACAUCUGGGGUAUUACUCUGAUCACACACUGGGCUCACCAUGGACAGGUCACACACAAUACCAUCCUAAACCUAAUCCUACACAUUUAACCUGGUUUCGCCCACUGCUAGAGACCCGAGGGAAAGAGGAGGAGCACAGCCCCUGGGGAGAUCCCACAACCUAUGCAGCAUAUGAAGACAGUAAACGCCGGCGUCUGUCACCUUACAGCUCAGACGGAUCCCCUUACAUGUCUGACAGAGACACAGAUAUGACUUACUGUGGUUUUUUCAGCCAGUAACAAAAGACAAAGACUUAUCUAUUGACAAUAGCAAAAGAGAACCUUUUUACCUUUUAGACUGUGGCCACAAAACAAGGAUAUUGAAGUUAGUGACAAGGUACCCCACUGAUGGAUACAGGUACACAAUACAGUGCACUUAGUUCAUAGGCAUAUU